AUGGCUGCAACACUGGCUGCUGGUGACUACUCUCCUUCAGAUGGAGACCAGGUCGACAACGAUGUUGAGGUCGAUGACUACCAAACACAGACAAUCAUCGAGGAGUUCGUACAAUGCAAACUUCGCUCAAAAGGUAGAAUGUUACAUCGUCACAGUGUUCCGGCCGAUAUGGAAACUCAGGUCCUGGUCAGCCGAUUGCUUGACAUCUCAAAUGAAUUGGAAGAGCGGUAUGGUGAUCAGCUCAAUCGAGAUGCUGAACGCUGGAUAAAGGCUGCCACCUUUGAAAAGUUUGUCCAGAUUGCCAAAGGGGUAUUUGCCGAUGGGCAAGUCAGCUUGUCUCGUAUUGUGGUCCUCUUUAUGUUUGCUGUCAAAGUGAUAUUGAAUGCGUUUGCUCGUAACCUCAGUGCGCUGGCCUGUGAUGUGAUCCGGUUCGCGACAAAAUUUAUCGUGUUGCAUGGUGUCUAUAAUUGGAUUCAGGCUCGAGGUGGUUGGUUUGCUGUUAUUCAAGCGUGCGGACCGGGUACCAGUACUACUGGUGGAGUUCUUGCAUUCCUCAGCGUGCUCCUGGUUGUUCUAUUCGCACUCAAGCGGGUGGCUUGAACGGACUGUUCACUCUCAGAUCCAUUCUCAUGCUGUGAUACUAGCUGUAUCAGAAUAUACGCUCAUUUUUAGCUCCUUGAUGCGCGCCCAAAGCUUAUUCGCACUAUUUCCUUUUAUCUUGCUCCGGUGUUCAUGUCCAGUCUAUCAGGAUGCGAAUGCUCAUCCAAACGCUCAUGCUGUCUGUCACGGAUGGGAGACCAUGACACGUUUGCGUACUCAUUGAUGCUACAUAUCCAACUUUCAUUCAUAAAUUCAGGUUGCUCAAUCUCUGUCGCAUUACGGCUAAUGUCCGUACAUUACGCCAUCUUCAUUACCAUUGUUCAUGGGUCCUGAUUCGCCUCAUCGCUGUCCGCCUUACCUAUGUUUUUUUCAUCUCCUCGUCCGAAAGUGUUUUGUGAUUUCCGCGGUUGUCAAUAUGUAACCUUUUUAUGUCUUAUCUGUGUGAAGCAUUAAAUGUUAUUUUGAUAGGUGCCCAUGUUUCGCCUUAUCAUGACAAGAUUUUUUGAAGUGGUAAACCAACUGGGCUUUUCGUUUCUUACAGAUUGGACUGAAAUGGUAAUUGAAUGCAAAUAUUACUUAUUUGACGUUUGAUCUGAUCAUGUUGUUAGUGGCACAACCACUAAUCCAUCGCUACGCUCCCCAAUAGCGCACUGAUGAUAUCACCUCGAUUGGUGAUGAAACGUUUGCUGUCAAACUGCCCAGCUCAGCGAACAAGCCAGCGACCAGACGUCAAUGUGGUAAGGCCCUAGAAGAUUUCUGUCUUUCUUGGCAUUUCAGGUCAAUUUGGCCGAAGAAAAAAUUCUCCCAUUUUCGCGCGCUG